UACAAUUACAUUUUAAAGAUUAGAUUUUCAGCUAGAGACUGACAUACAUUUGGGCAUGGUUGUGCUAUUUUGCAGGGGCUCAGGUCUGGGACAUGCAGGUGGGGCUACAGUGCAGGUUUUGCUCUUGGCAAAACUUGUACAGCUGAGGGGUGUUUUAGGUGUACCAAGGAGGCCUGGCCAUGCUUCUGCCACACCCAUGGGGAGAGCWGGUGGCCCAGCCACCACAAGAGUGACUCUGUGUUUCCAGGGGAUAUCAACACCAAGGGGUUGAUGUACUGGAUGUGCUCAGGAGUCCCCAUUGCUCUGCAGCACGAAGCAAACUGCAGCACAGAGGAACAUACAGCUCUAGAUGCUCUUCAUUGGGGAUUUUGUGAUCACAAAGUGUUCUGUGAGCUUAAUGGAAAAAAUAUAUAUAUUUAAUGAGCUUACAAAAAUCUUCUAUAGCAUAUUAAAUUGCAUUAAGUUGAGAGAAGAGAUGACAGGAAUAGUUUAUAGCUACAAAGUAUGGCUUUGUCUCUCUGAAAGGAGGCAGAGCAAGCAAGCCAAGAUGGCCAUCUUGUGUUUGGGCUUUGGUUUUGGGUAAGGUUUUUUUCAGUUAAUCGGGCCACAUGAAUGAAAUGGUUUUCCUCAGCUGUUAAACUGUUUAGUUUUUUGACUAGAAACCAGCUCAGACAUACACACAURCCUUCAGUGGCAGAAAGAGUUGGACUUUCGUUUCAUCAGAGGUUUGUGUGCUCUUCUGUAUAGGGAACUUAGCCAAAAUCCUGCCUUGGGAUACACAAGGAGUGGAUGUGGCUCCUAGGGGCUGCUGGCUGUCCCCUCUCUGCCUACAAGGUGGCCACCUCUGUGUGAACACAUGUCACAUGUCCCUUGCACCUGUCCUGGUGCAAAGGUGRUGCUCGUGAUCCUGACUCAGAUUCACGUGGGGCUUGGAGGAGCCUCGCUGGCACCAGAGCAUGCAGCCCAUCUCGUGCUGCCAGGCUUCUGCUCCACACACCCCUCUGGUCCUGCUGAGGGCUGGAAAUCCCCAAGCUGGUGCCUGCACCAUCUCCUCUUCGCUUUGUUUGAGUUUCUGUUUGCAUUUACUUCACGGUUCCUUUUCCUCCGUUCCACUUUGCCUUGGUAUCAUUCCUUCCUGCGUACCCACCUUUUUCUUUUYAUUUGUCUUUUCUGUUCUUUUAGUUUCCACCCUUCAACCAAGCACAUGCUCUCCCCCCUGUCAGCCCCAGUCUCCUCCUCCUGCYUCCAGUAACUGUGGUGCUCCAGCCUCUGGUGUUGUGCUCCCCCCACUACCCGAAGCCAGCACUGUCUCUCCAGYACCCCUUGUCCCUGAGCCCGCUGGUCAGUUGCCUUUCCUAUCCCAGCACAGAGCCGGGGARCCCCUCCAAUUCCUGCCCAGGCACUCGGCCUCUGAGCUGCCAACAGCCCCAGGUUCCUCCCCUCCCUCCUGCCCGAACGGCAGGACCGUCAUGCCCGGCAUCAGGCGAACCUCGCUGUCUCCACCGCCUCUCCAUCCUUCCCAUCUUCCCUUUCUCUCUCACCAGCCUCUCAGGGGCUCUUCUCUUUCCUGCUCUCCCCAGUCUCCUGCUCCCUCUGCCACAAAUGCACCGUCUCUGCAGAGAGGCGAUGUCCUGCAGCCACGUGGUCCCACCAUCCUGCCCAUGAUUCCCACCCCACCUGACAGAGUCAAAGCACCCACAGAUAAAGCAGGGUGGGACACCUCAGCAAAUGUGCUCCUGAAUGGCCACCCUGAAGAACAAAUUGCUUUAGGCCCCGCUGGAACCCAGGUGAAAAGUGUGGAUGGGCCCUUCUUUCCACACCUGGGAGCUGCACCCUGCCCCCCGCUGCCCACCAUCGCCAGCCCCCCCAGCUCCUCCAGCCAGGCUCCCUCCCCGUCCUCCCAUCCAUCAUCUUGUCCUGCCCAGCAGUGGUGCCAGCCCAUGUCACACUGUCUUCCAUUGCCUCCCCCUCACGCUGCUGUGUCUGAGGUGGCUAUGCCCAGGAGGACCCCUCCUUACAUGACAUCAUCAGCCAUUGCCCACUUGAGUAAGUACUGAUUUUGAAUGAGUUGCGACCUGUGUAAAGCCUCAGCURUUUCAAAAGCUUGGUUGGCACUGCCCCUGACCUAUAGAAAAAGGGCUGAGAGACCCACAGCUGCUCCUGCUGUAUGUGAUUUCUGAAACUGGGGUGAAAAAAUAUUAAAAUCACUCAGAACUGGUCCAGGGACCAGACAAAAAGUAAGAAUUACAGAACCAGGACCCUGCMGCUGCGUGGUUGCAAUGCAUAUUCCUACUGUAUUAUCCCAGACAGAUUUUUGUCACUCAGCAGAGUCAAAUUGUUUCAAAAAGCUUCAUAUAGAACCAAUUUACGCCUGGUCCAAACAUAGCUCUUCUGAAGCCAGAGGCCAGGUCUGCAGUAGGUUUCUUGUCUGUGUAGGAAUAUUGGUAGARGUUGUGAUUUUCUCUCUUUUUGUUAAGUGGUAUUUCUGUUGCCAGUGAAACAUAGAACAUGGAUUUUGUUUAAGAUACACAGAAUCCCCUGAGCUUGUGCUGUUAAUUUAAUUCAAGAAACUCUCUUCCUGCUAUUCACUGCCGUUAGAGUUGUGAGCUUGUCACUGUAACUAUUCCAGCAAACUUUUUUCACUGGAGGCAGAUCAGGUGCUUGGGUCUGGCCGCAUUGCAUAUGGUUUUGAUUUCUCGUGCCUAUCUAAAACCUGUGGUGUGAGAGCAAUUGCAAGCAAUGCCUAUUUGCAAUUCAGAGCAUAUGUUUUGUGACUUGGAUCUAUUCAGGUUUAUAACCAUACAUAAUGUUAAAGUGGUGUGCCUAGAAAAAUAAGAAAAUUAAGACACUUCAUUUUAUUUUCUGCUCRAAGUAUUACUGUAACCACUGGAGGCUCAGUCCUUCAGCUGAUAUAAGUCCUUGAAAUCCACUUUAGUUCAAUAAAGUUAUUUURAACUCACAUCAGUCCAUUAUUUUGACUCAGUUCAAUUUUUGCCUGAGGCUGGCCUCUAAUUAGGUGGGUGUAGUUUUGCAAUUACAAUUAAAUGUACCCACAAUGAAUUACUAGCUAUUAUGUUCAUGAAGAAAGAGGGCUUGAAAUGUUUAAAGUAUUUCUAAUAGCAGCUAUGGUUCAUUUCAAGAAUGGAAUUGGGAGUGUGAAAUAAUGGCAGAAGUAACCACAGAAAUAAGGCAGUAUUAUAAGAAAAUCUAGAUAAGAAGAAAAACAGACUGUUAAUAUUAAGUAUAGUUUCUAAAUGUUUGUCAGUCAAAACCCUCCUGCCUUUCAAGGUAACGCUUACUGAAAAACUGAACCUGUCAAUAUAUACCAGGAACAGCCUGUUCUGACAGAGUGUACACCGGGAAAUACCCUUGGGGAGGCRUGUUUGUUCAACUGACCAGUUACAGACAAGUAAAACACUGUGGAGUGACCACCAGCAGCCCUUCCAACAGGAGCUUUGCUGAAUUUUGGGGUGCCUGAGCCAGAGUCUCCCCUGGUUACUCUGCAAAACUGGCUGAGGCCACACACCUUCUGUAUGACAGAAGGAGGACGUGUCACCGUAGCCCACAAUUCUGCUGAAAAGCUGACGUUAACUGAAGUCCACGGAGUUUAUGUCCAUGUAGAAAGCUGAGGGAAAAGCAGAAGAAUACAUCACUUAGGAAYUGGGAAACGUGUCUGCAUUCUGAUUUUGGCACAGAACAAAACACUGGCCCAGACAGGGAGAARCAGAGGGAGAAGACUGUCAGUGAUGGGGUCUCACAGGAGGACACAGCUGUAGCUGACUGACCAUUGAUACACCCACCUCUUCCCAUUCCUCCACACGUGGUGCUUCCUUUUGUUGCUCAGCUGUCCUGGAGUCAGGCAUCGGGAGCGGGAGCGUGACCUUGUCUGUGGGCUGCAGGAGAUGCUGCUUCCCGUCUAAUUCCUGUUCUCUGCA